AUGGCACAGAGACACCAAGGCAUUUGCUUUGGGUUCGUCUUCUUACUAUGCUUCUUCAGUUCAACUUUCGCUCGCAGGGUUCUUAAGGAUCAUCCUAUGAUGGCGUCAAGCAAGCUAGAUCUAGUCCAUGGAGUGAAGCGGGGGAUGGUUAGUUUGAGGGAGCAAGAUCAUGAGUUGUUCGGUGUAGAACCUGAGCACAAAGUCAAGCCUGAUCAUCAACUGCAGUCCAUGGCGGGUGAACCAGAAGAUCCUGAGGACAAGGUCAGGCCUGAUCACAAAGUGAAGCCUGAUUAUAAAGAAAAGCUUGAUGACAAGGAAAAGAUUGAUCAUAUGGAAAAGCCUGAUCACAAAGUGAAGCCUGAUUACAAAGAAAAGCUUGAUGACAAGGAAAAGAUUGAUCAUAUGGAAAAGCCUAAUCACAAAAUGAAGCCUGAUUACAAAGAAAAGCUUGAUGAAAAGGAAAAGAUUGAUCAUAUGGAAAAGCCUAAUCACAAAGUGAAGCCUGAUCAUAAAGUGGAGUCCAUGUCUGUUGAACCUGUCCAAAAACCGCAGACCAUGGCGAGUGAAUUAGAAGAUUCUGACCACACAGUUAAGCCUAUGGGGUAUGGUGUAGGUAGGGGAUAUGGAAGUGGCAAUGGUGUUGGCUAUGGCAUUGGUUAUGGCAGUGGAGGCAGUGGCUUUGGAGAAGGAAUUGGCUCUAGUGGAGGCAGUGGCUUCGGAGAAGGAAUUGGCUCUAGUGGCGGUAGUGGAGGUAGUGGCUUUGGAGAAGGCAUUGGCUCUAGUGGAAGUGGCGGUACUGGCUUCGGAGAAGGAAUUGGCUCUAGUGGCGGUAGUGGCUUUGGAGAAGGAAUUGGCUCAGGUGGUGGUACAGGUAUUGGCAUUGGAGAAGGAACAGGAUCCGGGUCGGGCCAACCUAAUUGUGGUCCUGGUGGUGUACCCAGUGUAGUUGUCCCAGGCACAACAAUCCCUCCCAUAGUGGUGCCAGGCACAGAGAUUCCCGGUUUUGUGAUUCCAGGAGUCACGGUUCCUGGCUAUGGUUCUGGCUGCCAAACUGGGCAAGACAAGCACAUGUCAGACAAAGGAACCAUGACCGAAGCUCUUGCACCCACUUCAUCGGAGAUGCACGUCUAA